UCAUGAGAUGCUACAGAUUUUCUGUCUGAUAAACUAUGUUCAAUUCCAGUUAAGCAUUCCUUUAAAUAAAGAUGGCAAUACAUUACAUUUAGUCAAGUGUGUAGUAACCCAUUGGGAGACUGCCUUCAACUGACUUCUUCCUACCUCAGUGAAAAGACAUUAUUAAUUUAAAAUGCUGAAAGUGUGGCAGGACAGCUGAGGGGAAACAUCUGGAAAAAAAGAAACAGUAGGAAUCUCAGUGCAAAGAUAAAUUUUUUCUGUAUUAAAUGUUAAACAGUUAAUGAUAAUGGACUUGUUUAAAAAUUAACAUUCCUAUAGUUAUUUCACAUCGAUGACAUACAGUUGGUUUCAGAUGAACAUCAAAAGGUGUUUGAUGCCUAGAAUAGUGACACAUUGAAAUGCCUCCCCCAGGAGUAAAUACUUCUUGCCUGUGAACAAUCUGAUAAGACAGUAUUUUUUGUGAAAACUACUGUGGGAGCACUAUAGUAAAAUCUUGACUGGCAGUGGUGAUGCUUAGGGUGUGCUAUGAUAAAUAAAAUGGUAAAUAAAGUUAUUCAGUUGUUCAGAACGCAUCUCUGAAUAUGUUAUUUGUACUGUCUAGGAGGCGCAAAAAAUACAAGUGGGCAUUUUGGGGAUAAACAGAAGACUUGGGGAAUUUGAUCUCAAGUUGCCAAGAGGCCUCUACUAAUUUAUGGCAGAGAUAGGGCAUUUCCGCUUUUGGCUAUGAUGGAAGUUGAGAUAUUCCUGGAAGUACUGCUUUUGAGGCAAGAAAUUAUGGAAGUAUCCAUGCUUGCAAAUUAAAGUAACAACUGAGCAUGGGACAGAGGUUCUACAAGACAUUUUUAAAUGAAGCUCAUUCUCUUGUAAAGGUUUUCAGAGUUUCGCAUUUGUGCAGCAGAUAUGAUUAUAUGAAAACACAUCCUUCUGAGAAAAUGCAUCUAGCAGUGGUGGCCUGUGGUGAAAGACUGGAGGAAACUGUUACUAUGUUGAGAUCAGCCAUUAUUUUCAGCAUCAGACCUCUCCACUUUCAUAUUUUUGCUGAGGACCAAUUACAUGAGCGUUUCAAAGACAUACUUGACAAAUUCCCCUAUGAAGGAAAAGUUAAUUACACGUUAUAUCCAAUAACAUUUCCAACUGAGAGUGCAGCAGAAUGGAAGAAAUUGUUUAAACCAUGUGCUUCACAAAGGCUAUUUUUACCAUUAAUCCUCAAAAAUGUGGAUUCACUACUGUAUGUUGAUACCGACAUCCUGUUUUUGAGGCCUGUUGAUGAUAUUUGGUCUUUUCUGGGAAAGUUCAACUCCACACAGAUUGCUGCAAUGGCACCAGAACACGAAGAGCCUCGUAUUGGGUGGUAUAAUCGCUUUGCUAGACAUCCCUAUUAUGGAGUAACUGGAAUUAAUUCUGGAGUCAUGUUAAUGAAUAUGACACGUAUUAGAAGAAAAUAUUUCAAGAAUGAUAUGACACCAGUCCGGUUACAGUGGGGAGAAAUUCUUAUGCCACUACUGAAGAAAUACAAGUUGAACAUAACAUGGGGUGAUCAGGAUCUAUUGAACAUUAUGUUUUUUCACAAUCCAGAAAGUCUUUAUGUCUUUCCUUGCCAAUGGAAUUAUCGACCUGACCACUGCAUCUAUGGAAGCAAUUGUAAGGCAGCUGAAGAAGAAGGUAUAUUUAUUCUUCAUGGAAACAGAGGUGUGUACCACGAUGAUAAACAACCAACUUUUAGGGCUGUCUAUGAAGCAAUAAAAAAUUAUUCAUUUGGAGAUGAUCUGGUUCAUUCACUGCUGCAGCCCCUAGAACUGGAAUUACAGAAAACCAUGCAUACAUACUGUGGAAGAGUUUACAAAGUAUUCAUAAAACAACUAACAAAAAGCAUAAAAGACUUGUAUGCCAGAAGAUCAAAGGGAAGGUGACUUUUGACUCCUAGCUGUUAUAUCAAGAGACUGAAGUAAUAUACUGGUCAAAAGAUGCAAGAAUUUUAAUACAGCUUGAAUGGGCUCUUAAUGUGCCCAGACAGAAGUUUACUAGCAUACAUAAAAAUGAAGAAAAUAUUCACGUAAUGAAGAACAGGAACUUUUUUCUGCAGAGGUGACUUUUUGCUCUUUUGAAGUUUAAUCACUGCUAAUGUUUAUCUUGGUUCUGAUGAUUUGGGUGUUACUGACUUCUAUGGUCAGUGCUUUCAGUCUGACCAUAAUUCAGUUAUCUAAUGAUCAAACAAAAAAGGAAGAAAUGAAGAUGGCUCUGUUUGAGAGUGUACCUCAUAUAUUGUCUAAAAUUAUGUUAAAACUGUGAAUGUAGCAAUAACUGAGUCAGCAGCACUAACCUCACUUUAAAGGUGCGAGCCUUUAUGUAAACAAAGUUGUUUACAAGUGCAGAAAAUACUCUGUUUUCAACAAAAUGGGUUGUAAUUAUCGACAAUCUGUAUGUGCCUUUACAUGUUCAUCUCUUACAUGUUGAAGUACUGUUUUGACAAUCUUGUUUAUCUCAGAUGUGAACUGCACGCUAUAAAUAGGAUUUUUUGAGAAGCUGAUAACUAGUAUGUGAUACUAGUUUUCUCCAUUGGUAAAUACGGAGACUUUAUAUUAAAAAGCAUUUGUUUGAACGUUGUAGAACCAUUAGCUCUAAAAGGUAGAGCAGAGUUGAGAGGGUUUUAAGUAAAAAUUCAGUUUGAAGUUGCUUGUCUUAUGAUACUUCUUAAAAAAUUCAUGGUUUUGCAGCUUUAAUAGGGCAUUUGGGAAACCAAGAAAAACCCAACAGUGAAAAUCUGUUGCUGUUGUAUUUCCAUACUAGGAAUUAUUACCUGAUGAUUGUUAUAGAGUAUGUAGGACCUAAAAGUGAAGAGCUGUAGUAAGAGUUCUGAUGCUUCAUCAGACUGUGUAGUAGAUAGGUUUCUUAGAGAAUAUAUCCUGUUACCAUAUAUUUUUAAAUAACAUGGCUUUAAAAUAGCUUUGGGGCAGACUCUCAAUGCAAUGAAUGCAUUACUGUCAAUAGGGUGAUAGUGAUUUGCAACAGGUAAGGAUUAGGCUUUCUUCAACUGUCUUAGUGAAAAAAGAAGUACUGUUUAUGCAAUACAAACUUUUUUCCCAGAGAAAAUGAUGAAGAAAAAGGCAGAACUCUAGUGUUACAGUAAAAUAUUUAAGCUUACAUGGUAUAAAAUGUAUUUGUAAAGUAUAUUUGAACUUAGAUAACCUGUCUAAGUGAGAUGAAGUUUUCCUAAAGUGAGGUUUUGGAUUCCAGAAAAGUUCCUGUGUGUUGAAUAUGGAGGAUCCGCUCACUGACUUGCACCUUCAUCCCAACCCCAUUUUAGAAGCUUGAUUUUUUUUUUAACUGUUUCCAUGUCAAAAGUAGGCUGCCUCUGAUUUCCAGAUUCAUGUCAGUUGAGCAAAUGCUUUAGCAGUACAAAAACGCACUACACUGUAAGCAGAGUUUAUAUUCUGUUUCUAAUCUCCCUGCGGGCUCAGGGUGUAAAUUUCUGGGAUGAAAAUUAGGAAGCAGUCUGCCUUGCAUAUAGAUCUCUUUUCCUUGCUGUGUAACCUUUUGAAGACUGAAAAUGGAGAAAUCUGUGUGAAGGUGAAUACUGUGACUGACUGAUUUUACAGUAUGCAGUGCAUUAUUUUUUUACAUAAACACUGAUUUUUUUAUCAAUUCGUCUUCAGCUUUCUUUUUUACUUGUACUGUGUGCUUUUAUUUAAAAAAAAAAAUCUUUGAGUUGUUUUUUGUUUGUCUUUGCAGACAUAUAUGCUGCAUUAUUUGACUCUCUUUUUUGAGUGAAAAUUACAAUGAAACACUGCUUAUUUACUCACAUUUAUGGCUGUGAUGGUAUUUGUGACAGAUUAAAUUAGAUGAAACUAAGGGGUAAGCUACUUCUUUAGCUUAUCUGUAGGAAAACACUAGACUCCAGUUUCCUCUACCUGGUUUAUAAAGGUGUCUCCAAAAGCAUAGACAUAGAUAUUUCCACUUCUUAGAAGUCUUGAGUUUUCUUUUUCAGAUUUAAAGAUUUUUAACUAUCAGACAGGUUUAACAAUAUCAAUUUACUCAUAGUAUGAUUUUUUUUUACUCAAUUAAAUGGAAUGCUCAUGUAUAAUUUAAAUGAAUGUGUAGACUCUUUGUCCCAUUUUUUCCUAAUAAAUUACCAAUUUUGAAUAGUUAUUUUUUAACAUUCUCUCCUGUGGUAUCUAAGGUGAUUAUGAUAAUUAUCAUAGCUUCCCUGCCCACUUCACUACUUUGUGAAUGAAUGGUAUUUGGAACUGCUCCAGUAAUUUUAUGUGUUAAAAUAAGUUUCAGAGAACUA